UGUACCGACUCCGUGAUUUCCGGGAUUUCGUAGAACUGGGUUCGCUAAAACCCAGUGGUCCACCAUUGAAACAGUAUCGCCCUCAAACACUGGGCAGCAAUGUUAAUAGCAACAAGACAUCCGGUUUUGUGAAUCUUUGCCUUUCGGUGCUUUCGUUUCACGCUGUGAACUGUUUGGAGUAAGUUUACAGAGUUGGCAACAACCAGCCGUCAGUAUGACAGCGGACCACAGUAAGCUAUUGACCGACUAGUUACUUAGUUACCUGUUUUUCUUCGGUGGCCAGUCAAACAGCGGAUCAACGGCGAAAGAACUGCCGGUUACUGUUUAACAUUAAUGUUGUUUGGGACAAGUCCUCACAUCGACCGACAGAGUUUUUGUGAGAAGCUCAGACCAAGUGCUGAAGAUUGAGGUGAUUGUUGACGUCUUCCGAAUUUGCCAGGAUGCCUAUUCCUCCUCCCCCUCCGCCUGGACCUCCACCACCCCCAACCUUUAGCCAGGCAAACACCACACCUCCGAAGCUUAAUCGAGAUGAAGCGAAAGGAAGAGGAGCUCUGCUGUCAGACAUCUGCAAAGGCACCAAACUGAAGAAGACCACUGGGAUCAGUGACAGAAGUGCACCUGUCAUUGAAAAGCCUGGAGGUCGAGGUGGCGGCAGUGGUGGAGGUGGAGGAGGCGGGGGUGGUGGAGGAUUUGGAGGUGGUUCUGGGCCGAUGGCCAUGGGAGGGCUGUUCAGUGGAGGAGUGCCUAAACUACGACCAGUUGGAGACAGCUCUGUAGGACGGUCAGCGCUGCGGCCACCUGGCUCUCGCCCUGCUUUACCUCGUGCUCCAGGUCAUUCAGAACCAGACAGCUCCGGUCGUGGUGAUGGAAGUCGCUCCUCACCUCCAGAACAGCCACGAAAUCACCGUCCCUCCGUGCCAGACAUCCCCAAACACUCUGCUGUCAACAGCUCCACAAAACCCGCCAACUCUGCCCCGCCUCCACCGCCACCAUUCAGUCGCGGUGCCAAACACGGACCCUCUUCAGCCCAACAGGGUUCUGGGGCACACAGUCGUGAGAAACCCCUUCCACCACCACCUGCAAGCAAGGGGCCUCCACCGCCGCCAUCUUCCUCUCGGGAUGGGCCUCCUAGACAUCCCCCUAUUUCAUCUCGCUCCUCUUCAUCUUCCUCUUCCUCAAAUGCACCUCCACCUCCUCCUUACCGUCAGCCAACUAAUGCAGCAAAUGGUGACUCGGCCCCUGAGUUGCCGCAGAGGCGAAACUCACUGAACAAGAAAAGCCAUGCCAAUGCUAACGUCCGUAGCCAGGCUCCUCCUCCUCCACCCCCUUCCCAGCAGAACAGACGACCCCCGCCACCAUCACGUGAUCCAGGGGUGCGCAACACAGCUCCUCAGGUUCCUACAUCUCGUAAUGGGGCUCGGGAAAUGCCACCCCCUCCGCCUCCUUAUCGUGGCGGGGCACAAACAUCUUCUGAACCCCAUAGUCGAGGGAAACCCCCUCCUCUCUCCUCUGCUGGACGCCAGUCUUCAGGACAUGCACCACCUCCUCCUCCACCCCUCCGAAAUGGACAUACGUCAUCUGCCUCCAAAUCCUUUGCUGAUGAAUUUGAGUCCAAGUAUGACUUCCACCCUAUAGAGGACCUUCCACCACCUGAAGAAUACAGACAAUUCCCCAAGACCUAUCCUAGCCAAAGCAACAAGGGUUUAGUGAGAGGUGCUCCUCCACUGCCUCCUGUUGGAGGAAGAUGAACACUGUUCAAGGACCAAAAAGAGCUGAUACACAAACACAUACACACAAAUAUGUACAUGUGUCCACAGUAUAUAUUUAUGUGUGUUUGCCACACUAACAUUCAUUACACUUAGAAAUCUAAUCACGUGACAUUUUUCUUAGGGCAAUACUAAAAAAAAAAAAACAUGAUCUCUGAUCCAAGCCACUUCAGAAUGCUGUACCUCUAGACCUGAAAACACUGUGCAAUAUUCCUGUGCUGCCUAGAAAUGCACCUUUUAAUAUUGUGUCAGAUGACGGCGGCACAGCAAUGCGAGAGCAGACAACUCCAGUUAUCAUGAAGCUAGAUGUGUACAUUCCACCUGUUUCGUACAGCAACCAAAGGUUUUUUUAUUCAGUGAGAAAAUGUGUAGCACUUGACUAUGACUAUGCAUAUCAGACAAAAAGUCUGUAUUUCUCUGGACAAUCAUGUAAUUGUAUGUAUUUUUAUUCUUAUUUUAAAUUUAGUUUCUUUCCAAAUCAGUCAGGAAUGAGUUAAAUUCUGAAAGUGUUUGCUUACACUACAAAGGCCAUGAAAUAGCCUUGUUUUUUGUUCAGUGCACAGUUAAUGUUUUCCACAUCUCACUACAACGUCAGAAACUAUCUGGUCACAUAGGUUUUAAGAAGCUGAUUUAUCAACCAUGUUGAAUCUAAACUGAUUUUUACUGACCAAAUAUACACUAAGUGCCAUCGGAUCUUUAGGAAGGUCUUGUUGGAGAUAUUUGUUUUUGAAAUAGUGUAGAGGUAGUGCCAUCUUCUGGUUCAUCUGCACCCUUUUCUCCUGCUGGGUACCAAUGUUUCUGGGUCAUUUAUACAUUGCCUCUUCAUCAUUAGUGUUUUAAACCUAAGCUGAAUUUCAGGAAAUAAAUUUGAGUAGAUUUUGUAUAAAACACUACAGUUUUCUAAUGGGCCUAUUUUAAUUCUGUGACAUUGUAUUAUAUGUUAUAAAGUGACCAAGUAUGUUUGUAAUAUUCAGGCACUAUUGGCCGUUAAAUAUAGAAGCUUAUAAUUGGGAUUUGGUGACCAAUCAUUCUGACUUGUAAAUGUCAUUUUAUCUGUUUCUGAAUGUGUUAAAAUGUGUCAACAUAGUUCUGAAAUAAAAGGUGGGAAUGGGAAUUAAAUUGUGUGCUUCUUU